GACGCAUUGGGGUGCUCUUAUUCUCCCUCAAUGUCCGCAAAAGGAGAUACUGGGAAAGUGGGAGAGUUGGGACAAGGUGAGUCACGCUCGGGCAGGAUAGGGUUGGCCUUCAAAGUAAGCGUUCCUUUGAAGCAUUGUACACACACCUGGAUCUUCUGUUGCUGCAUGGCAUUUAAAGGAACCUCGUCGAUUACACACAACAUGCUCAGUCUUGGACGGGUUCUCUUAGUUUGCACGCAUCGCAGAACGGUUACCUCGAGGUGGUAAAUAAUCAUUGUUGAGCACUCAGUCCCUCGCGCCUUCGUAACACACACACACGCAACCGAUGGAGUAGAAGCAUUCUGCGCGUGAAAGCCAUAUCACAAAUUCUAUUCAAGACACCGUCAGUCUGGUUCUGCAACAUCCACGAAAAAAAAGGCGCAUAUCCUUCAGUCAUCAGUAGCUCCUGCUCUACAUUUGCAGGUAGAGCCCAAUCCUUUUUCUAUUUGGAAAAGUCAAAAUGGCAAGUCUCCCAAGGGUCACAGCUUCUCGGGCGGUCCUGGCAGCAUCGGGGAUCACGGCGCUCGUGGCGACGGCAGCGUCGGCCGCCGGGUUAGUCACGUACUCGGCGGUCAGCAAGCAUUUUCAGAUCCCCGGCUCUUCUUCUCCGUCACCACCACCGUCGUCGUCGUCGUCGUCAUCAUCGCCUUCCGCACCUUUCACGGUAACAAGCUAUCCAGCAUCGGCGACCGCGCCGGCAUCAUUCACCCGCUCCCGCACGGUGACCGACAUCAUCAACCACGCGGGCCACCGAAUCACGCAGGACUCGCGGACAGUGGAGGUGCGUGCGCCAAAGGGUGGUUGUCUGAGCAUCAGCAACAGCAGCAGCAGCAGCAGCAAGAGCGCUCUCAGCGAUGAGGAGAUUCUGGCGAGGUUCGUGAGGGCGUUUUUCGGGGGCGUGGUGUUCGCGCCGGAGGGGGUGGUGUUGCGGGCUCUCGGGCGGCGGAUGGCCUGGUUUAGCAAAGUACCAACCUCCUCGGCUGCGCUGGAGAUCUGGAGCAAGCACGACCUCUCACUUACACAUCUCCCGCCCGUGUCGUCAAUCUUGUUCGGCGCGUUCCAGGUGCUGGACGCCUACAUCGCUGACGAGCACCACCAGAGCCAGAGAGCUGGCAUCUCCGACAUGGUGACAACCCGGCGGGAGCAGGCGGACACGGCGGGGAGCACGAAUAACCGUGGGGAAAAGGAGGAGAGGACGCAGCAGCCAGGUGCAGCAGAGUCCUACGUCGACAUCGGCUUUGGCAGUGAUGGGUCCUGGUUCGCGGGGACGCACCGGUUCACCGUCUCGCGAUAUUCGGGUGGUGCUGCUUCUACCUCUGGAGAUGCACGUGCCAGUGGCGGGAGGCCGGCCGACGGGGCCCGGAAAGGCGACGAAAUCGACGACCACGACCACGACGAGGCCGAAGCACACGAUGUGCUGAAAAUAAGCUUCCACGGAAUGACGUGCAACCCGCGCGUCGACAGGCCGGAGAAUGCGCUCGAGUGGUUCAUGUUCCGCUUCCACCGCGUAUAUGCGGACUUGUUGUUCCGGGAGAGUGUUGCCGUAGUCUUGCGACACUUGGAGGAGCGGGCUGUUGCUAUGAAAGUGAAAUGACGGAGUCCCCUUCGUGGUACACCGGUAGAGUCGCGCCCGGGAGGGUUGCGCUGAGGUUGGGGGCAGAGUGUAAGUUAUUGUAAGACUACUACAAUGGUGGCGAUGCUGUGACCUCGCCCGCAAAUGUACGAUAUGGUGGAGGAGGGCGUUGGGGCUGUACCGCGAGCAAGUAAGACUUAUGAUCAGUCGCCCCAAUGCUCUGUUGUACCAAUAUAUGGAGGAAAGUAAAUAUUCCGCACGGGGAUUGCUGUUAGCUUAGGACUUAAAGAGCCUUCGUAAUUGUUGAGAAGCGCUGUAAGUUUGGUCGAACAAUGUAUCAUCACAGCCAUGUUCUGAACGGACGGAGAACUCGAGCGCUGUUCCAGCCGUCUCCUCAUACUCAGGGUUGGCCCCCUUCUCUGAGUUGUUCAACC